GCGCUCCCAAAGAGUUGCCACACGUGUAACGUAACAUAACCCCUUUGACGCUCGUAACAUUUAUGCGGUAAAUAAAGGACCGGUGAAUAUAUAUUCCUGUGCUCACUACAGUUUAUUCUCGGUGUCGCGAGGGCACGAGAUUAUGGCAAAGGUUUCGCGGAAACGUGCUAAAAUAGGAAAGAGCACGAGAGAACAGUUGGAGAGGCUCGAUAAAUCGGAACUGAUCGAUAAGAUAUUGCGAUUGGAGGCUCACAACGAGCAACUGAAACUAUCGAUUAUAAAACGUACGGAUACUGCAAUGAAGAGGGAAGAGACGCCAGGGAAGGAAAGAAAGUCGUUUGAUUUUUCACGAUAUCACAAAAGGCACAUUCUGCUGAAGUUUUAUUACCUUGGUUGGGACUAUCACGGUUUUGCUGUACAGGAGGACACUGGCGAUACCAUCGAGCAUCAUUUGUUCGCAGCUCUGCUGAAGAGCUGCUGCAUAGAAUCCCGCGAGAGCGCGAAUUACCAUCGUUGCGGGCGAACCGACAAAGGCGUCAGCUCGUUCUCGCAGGUGAUCUCGUUGGACGUACGCAGUAAAUUGGCACCAGAGGAGCAAGACAACUUGUCGGACGAGUUGCCCUAUUGUAAAAUGUUGAACAGAUUGCUGCCAGCGAAUAUAAGGUGUACAGCAUGGUGUCCUGUCUCGUCCAGUUUCUCCGCAAGAUUUGACUGCAAGUUCAGAAGCUAUAGGUAUUUCUUUCCAAGGGGCAAUUUAGAUAUAGAGGCUAUGGACAGAGCUGUCAAGUAUACCAUAGGGGAUCACGACUUUCGUAACAUUUGUAAAAUGGACGUAGCCAAUGGUGUAGUUAACUUCAAAAGAACUGUAAUUGAUGCAAGAGUGAGCUUUGUUAAUGAUCAGAAUGUGGAAAAGGCCACAGGCUAUGAUAUGUGUGAAUUGGAAAUUACAAGUCAAGCCUUUCUGUGGCAUCAGAUCCGUUGUUUGAUGGGCAUCUUAUUGUUGGUUGGACAGAGGAAAGAGGAGCCUGAAAUAAUCCUGAAGCUCUUGGAUAUUGAGACCUGCCCACAAAAGCCGCAGUACAAUAUGGCUCAUCAAGUUCCAUUGAAUCUCUGGUAUUGUGAUUAUGAAAGCGUAAAUUGGUUUAUCGACGAAAAUGAAUUAUUAAACACUGUCAAAACGUUACAACAAGAUUGGGCUCUCAGUACUAUAAAAUCUACAAUGAUAAAAAAUAUGUUGAUGAAAUUGGAAAAUUGUGUUAAUUGUGUAAAUACUGAUUUUCAAAGCGAUUGCCUGCUUCUCGGAGUACAAUCGAAAGUAUAUCAACCACUGAUGAAACGAGAAAUGUGUGAGAGUUUGGAAAAUAAAAUCAAACAUUACGAGAGGAAACGAAAAUUUGAAGUCAUACAUACCGAGGUUACAUAGCAUAUGCUUAUGCUAAUCACAGAACUUGUGUAAUGUAUUAUACACGUACUAACAGUUUUAAAUACACAUAUGUUUUUUUUACUGUAAA